AUGGUCGAUACCAGCGAGGACGUUUCCGCCCGGAAAUGCGGUUGCGAAAAAUGCCGGCCAACUAAGAAGAAGCCCGUAAGAUACAGAUUCAACUUCUUGAAGAACAUGAAUCUUCGUCAGGGCAACUACGAGGCUAUCACGUCAAUGCCAUACUUGGCACAGAAGUACGGUGAGAAACGUGCGGAAAACAUCUCGCGAUUUGUGAAAUGCAUUCACAAACAGAUCAACAGCGGCGUCAACAGAAUAUCGGAUCUGCAAGUCAAUAGUCUUCUUCCAUGGACUAGGGUAAGGCUGUUUCUGCUCCUGGUUACGCUGUCUCAAAAGGGAGGAUCCGAUUACUGGAUUCAAGCGGGCGUGGAAGUACGAGAUUCUCCAAAACCGCCCAAGAUCAAGGAAAAGGAGCCGUCUAAGCCCAUGGAAACGCAACAGGAGCUACCUUACGGGACGCUUAUAGAAGAGAUUAUGCGACAAAAUAUCAACGAGAAUUUCAAAGAGUCCGAGCACGAUGAAAACUACGUCUUCAGCUCGAUCUGGGCCAACUUCAUGGAGGGCCUCAUCAACCACUUUCUGGAGAAAGUCAUUAUACCCAAUAGCGAGAAAAAAGUGUGCCAGCAACUUUACAAGCCGAUGAUGAAAAUAAUAUCGCUAUACAACGAAUACAAUGAUCUUAUGGAAAAGAGCGAGCGAAACGGGUUUUUGCCCGCCAACGAAGAACCGCCAUCUGAGCUGGCGGGGGCGGGAGAAUCGGAAAACUCUUCCGAAAAUAAUAAGCUCCAAACCGCACAGCGACUACUGUGGCAAGCCCGUCAGGAUAUUCCUAAAACAAUAAGCAAAGAGCUCACGCUUCUCUCGGAGAUGUACGCUACCUUGUCCGCAGAUGAGCAAGAUUUCGAACUGGAUGAGUUUGUGUGUAGUGCAGAGGAGUACAUUGAACUAGAAUACCUACCAUCUCUGAUUGAAGUCCUGUUUGCCAACUGCGGUACUGCAAAUUUUUGGAAAACUAUGAUCGUUUUGGAGCCCUUCUUCUAUUAUAUUGAAGAAGUGGCAGACGAGGAUUCUUCCAGCAUUCAGGACGAGUCCAGCAAGCCGGAUCCGAGGGUCGUAACCCUGGAGAAGAUUUGCCAAGUAGCAGCAGAACAGGAUUGGAUCUAG